AUGAGCCGUCGAUAUCGCCUAGAAAUUUUGAAGCAGGGCCUCGUUGCUCUAAUUACUGGUGGAGCGUCAGGCCUUGGCAAGGGUACUGUAGAGACUUUAAUAAAUCACGGUUUAAAAGUUGUCAUCGUUGAUUUGCCAUCUUCAGAUGGUGCAGAAAUUGCAAAAUAUUAUGGUGAAAAUUGUAUCUUCAUUCCAGCCAAUGUAAAAUCCGAAACUGAAAUAGCAGCCGCCUUCGAUGGUUUGCAUAAACAUUUCGGGAAAGUUGAUAUAAUUGUCAAUUGCGCUGGUAUUUAUCGCACAGGAAAAUUUUAUAACGUUAUGACGAAUCAGAUGCAAAGUUCCGAGGAAAUCAAGGAAAUCUUUAAUGUAAAUUUAAUUGGUACUUUAAAUGUUAUUCGUUUUGCAUGUAAGUCGAUGCUUGAAAAUGAAAAAGAUUUGACCGGACAGCGAGGAGUUAUUAUAAACGUUUCAUCAGUUUGCGCUUUUGACGGAGCAAUAGCAAGUCUAACAUUGCCGUUGGCUGGUAGUUUCGGUGAGAAUGGAAUACGAUUCAUGUGCAUUGCUCCAGGAAUUUUUGAUACUCCAAUGACAAGACCGCAAAAAGAGAAAAAUAAAUCGAAGUUGGUCUAUGUGCCAUUUCCAAAACGAUACGGCGAUCCAUUAGAAUUUGGUUCACUUGUCUAUUCCAUUAUAAAAAAUCGCUAUUUGAAUGGUGAAGUUAUUCGAAUAGAUGGUGGAUUCCAUUUCAUGCCAUAA